AUGAUGGCAUCGCUUGACAGACACUUAAAGAACAAAGGCUACACCUUGUCCAUUGUACGUGACCGAGAAUUUAGUUCGUCCAACCGUGAGGUGUUGGAAGGCAAAGCGAAAGAGCUUCGCUUGGCUGGCCGUGGUAAGCGCCCAAACAAAGCUCGACAAGUAUAUCAGAGGAGGAAGAAGAAAUUCUCUGGAAGAGCGGAAAACUCGGAGGUAAUAACCCAGAAUCUUUAAUUCAAACAAUGUGGUGGCUCCUUACCCAACAGUUUGGUCUUCGUGGAAGGCAAGAACACCACGGAAUGAGACUGGAGGAUUUCAGAAUCAUGAACGGUGACGACGGCAUCGCAUUUGUUGAGUUUGCAGAAGGGCCUACGAAAACAAGACCUGGAGGUUUGAGUGCAAAGCCAAGACAGUUCCAGCCCAAAAUGUUUCAGACCGGGGAAGGAAAAUGUCCAGUUGCUUUAUUUCGUCAGUACAUUAGCCGUAGACCUCCCAAUCUGACGACGAGUGGUCCAUUUUAUCUCUCGAUAAAGUACAACAGACGAGCCGACGACGAAAUUUGGUACAAGGUACAGCCCAUGGGAGAAAAUAAAAUCAACUCCAUGAUGAAGAGCAUCAUCUCCGGCACCAGCCUUGAGACAUCUGAGAAGCGGUUUUCCAAUCACAGUGCCCGUAAAACAGUAGUCAGCAAAAUGAAAAAGGCGAAUCUCGAAAGGUCGGCAAUUGCAAAAGUCACUGGUCACAGAAAUAUCCAAUCUUUCCGAUGA